UCCUAUAACUCUAUCAGGGCUCCCACUUGGUAAGUGUCUUUCCCUGGAAGCCUCCCAGUUAAAGCCAUACCCAUCUUGACAUUUGAGCACUUGCCGCCUAUCCUCACUUACAAUGUCCGACGGCACACGCCCCUCACAAGUCCAGGCUCACAGUCGUGUUCGCGAACUGAGCAAGCACUUCGAGGCUAUGGCGGUAGCGGGCAGCAGCCACUGCAUGUCCGACGAUAGGCCCGCUGGGGUUAAGCUCGGUGCUCAUGUUGAGAGGCGAGGUGGAGAACUGGAGGCUGACCUUUACCGCCACAAUGUCGUUUUCACUGGAGACGGUAGGAUUCCCUUGCGUGAGCGUAUACGGUCCAAACGCCAGGAAGCGGCGGACCGAGCCCUUCGCCUGGAGGUGGGAUCAUCCUCCGAAGCCUUGGGCGCCCUCGGAAAUGGCAGCGGUUACCCUUCGCCAUUCUCGCCCCUGAACUCGCCCUCUUUCUUGCCUCCGUUGGCACCAUAUCUUGCAUCGGCCAAACGCAAGGUCUCCGUUCAAGACAUGUACCUGCUGUCGCCUAUGAACGGCAGCGGCAGCGGUAGUGACGAAAAUGCUGAUGACGACUGCCACUUCGACCGCUGGGUGAAUAUGAACCCUAACGAAGCCUCGAGAAAGAAACUGUUACUAGACAAUGCCAACGCACGCCUCCAGGAGCGGAUCACGACGCCAGGUUGCCCCUCGACGCUCCGCAAGAGCUUUGGCCCCCAGGAUAUGGAGGCGCUCAGCUCGGCGCUCAACUGCAUGAUGGAAGAGCACCAUAGCGAGGAACACGAGACCGAGACUCCUGCUGAGUCGAGGUAGCCCGAGCAGCAGCGGGAUUGGGUCUUUUAGAAGCAGAUCCCAAGGCCGCUCCCGGCAACCACCGCCGUCUUGCCUCUUUCUCACCCAUUGCCUGUGGCUAAGUGUUUUUCUCGUUCCUUCAUUAGGGGUGAUGCCUAUUUUCAGCCCUCAGUCAGGUAGGUAAGCAACAGACGAACUGCCAAAGGAUCUCCUUUCAAUCAAUACGUACAUUUUCAUUUAAACAGGUAGGAGUUGUAAUAUACAUUGCCUAUGGGUGUAUGGGUGCAUCAUGUAGCCAGAAGACCUAUUUGGGUGUGUACUGGGUGACGGAAGAUCAUAAAGUACAGACGACUUUGGUGGCGUAAGCCCUCUUAAAAUAUUGUAAACCGCGCGUUUCCCCAACAGAAUGUGUCCCUCGCUGAAAAGCCCACUUUUCAGUGUUCGCCCUUGGUAGUCUAGUUGGUUAUGGCGUUCGGCUGUAAUUGUUAAUAUACGAUGAUUGUUACCGAAAUGUCGCCGGUUCGAAUCCGGCCCGAGGGAUCAAGUCUUUUUUGUCUUUCCUUGGUCUAUUUUAAAAUCUGCUUGAGUGAAGUUGGUUGCUCCCU